GUUAGCUAGUUACGCAGUAGCAGACUCGCAUCGGGCAGCUAGUCAAACAUUGGACCAAUGCCUUAGAAAACAUUUUUCCUUUGCAUCCCUUAGGUGAUCAGAAUGAUGUCCAUUGCUUUUAGUGGACACGCGUCUUUAGAAUAACCGCAGAUCACCGAUGUUAGCGAUAGAUAGUUUUAUUAUUUGCGGCGGCCACAUUUUCCGUUUUUGGCCGAGCUAGCUAACUAGCUAGCAUAGCUGCUAUUAGCUUGUUAGCAUCGCCUGUGAUGGCACAGCCGGAGAGCGAGUCGGUAACGGAAGCCUAGACUCUGCAUGGCGACGGACUGGCAGCAGUGGGAGUGAGCAGCCAAUCAGCCAAGGCCACCGGUAGCAACAUGGCGUCCCGUCAGAGGAACUCGGUCCGGAUCCUGUCCAGCCGGGAGCGCGGCUCCCAGACCUUUGGCUCGCAGAGGCUCCUGCAGCUGCUGGUGGAGGAGAAAGUCCGCUGGAUGAAAUGGCAGAGUCAGAAAGUGGAGCUGCCGGACAGCCCUCGAUCAACCUUCCUGCUGGCAUUCAGCCCCGACAGGACUCUCAUGGCUUCCACACACGUCAACCACAACAUUUACAUAACAGAGGUGAAGACUGGAAAGUGCCUACAUUCCUUAGUGGGCCACCGUAGAACCCCCUGGUGUGUGACCUUUCACCCCACCAUCCCCGGCCUGGUGGCCUCCGGGUGCCUUGAUGGUGAAGUCCGCAUCUGGGACCUGCAUGGCGGCAGUGAGAGUUGGUUUACAGAGAGCAAUGUUGCCAUUGCCUCCCUGGCCUUCCACCCGACUGCUCAGCUCCUCCUGAUCGCCACCAACAACGAGCUCCACUUCUGGGACUGGAGCCGACCGGAGCCCUUCGCUGUGGUGAAGACGGGCAGUGACACGGAAAGAGUCCGGUUGGUGAGGUUUGAUCCUCUUGGUCACAACCUACUGACGGCGAUAGUCAAUCCGUCCAAUCAGCAGAAUGAGGAGGACUCUGAGGUUCCCAUGGACAGUGUUGAGAUGCCUCACUUCCGCCAGCGCUCCUUCUUGCCUUCUCAACCAGUUCGCCGCACACCCAUCCUCCACAAUUUCCUCCACAUCUUGUCGUCUCGCUCCCCGGGGGCUCAGGCGGGAGGCGAGCAGCCACGCCCUCUAGGUGACAAUGGAAGCAGUGUUGGAGAAUCUCCCAGCAUGCCUCUGGCCCAGUACCCCAGCUCUGAACGCGGGCCUCCCUUCCCAGGCUGCACCCAGCAUCUGGGCAUGGCUUGCCUGUGCUACCGCUGCUCCGUCAAUCGCAACCCCUCCCUUGCAGCCGAUGUGACCGCCUCUGAUCCCAGGGUGUCAUCUGACGCUCCCCAGCCUCCCCCAGCUUCAACUUUCUCUUCAGCCCGUACGGAGCCCCGACAGCCCUCAGAGCGACCCUCAGCCUUUACCUCAGUCUACUACAGCGCCGGCACUUCUCUUAAUCCCCCUGCACCAAGUGGCAUAGAACCGCUCUCCACCUCCAGGCCAGGACCUGACUGGACACGUAACCUGCUAAGUAUGAGGGAAGUUGGGGUGGGUUCAGGUGUGUUGCCUCCCAGAACCUCCUCCUCUUCUAUCAGCCUUCUUUCAGUGCUCCGUCAGCAGGACGGCUCCUCUCACUCCCCUGUCUACACCUCUGCCUCUGAAGGACGGGGUUUCCCCCAACAAGGAGAUCCCGGGGCCCGAGAUGCUGCAGGCACAAGCAGCGGGCAUCAUCCGUUCUGGGAUGGCUCUCGCAGCAACACGGCCUCUUUCCGCAAUGUGCUGCAGUGCAACCUUAGCCGCUACUUCAUGGAGUUUGAUCGCAUGCAGGACUUGGAGCCACCAUUAGGAGGUGGCAUGGCAGAUGGAAGCCAGGAGCAGAGCCAAGAGCUGCUUAAUAAUAACAUGGACCCAGAGAGGCCUGGGCCUUCCACAACUUCCUCCACCUCCUCCCCUACCAUCAUUCAUUACCAGCCUCCUCUCCCCCCUCCUCCUACCUCCCACAACCUGGAGAACAAUGUUCCUCCCCCAGCGUCCCGAGGCCAUCUAAACCGCUGCCGGGCCUGCCACAACCUGCUGACCUUUAACCAUGACUCUCAGCGCUGGGAGCGAACCAACCAGGCCUCCUCCACCUCUGCCUCCACUCUGGAGCCCUCCUCUUCCUCCACCUCCUUUCCUUCUUCUUCUUCUUCUUCUUCUUCUUCCCCUUGGCAGCCCGAGGAGGGCAGGAGGACACUAGAAACCCAGCCCCAAGAGAGAAGGGUACCGCCGGAGCCUAGCGAGCAGCCGCCUCCCCCUGGAGGUGGAGGAGCCGGAACAGUGGCCUUCCCAAUAGCCCCGUCCCCCAGCCAGUCUGGAGAGCAGACAGUGGGCUUGGUGUACAACCAGGACACAGCGCAGUGGGAGAGGGUGUACCGCCAAGCUGCUGCCGGCAGAUCGGCAGAGCCGGCGGAGGCCUUAAGCCAAGAAAUGCCUGUUGACCCUCCAGAUGAGGACUCCCUGAGGAGGCGACUGUUGGAAUCAUCUUUGUUAUCAUUGUCUCGCUAUGACAUGUCAGGAUCGAGAGACCACCCCAUUUACCCUGAUCCAGCCAGGAUGAACCUGAACUCGUCCUCUGUGCUGUCCAGGCUUUCUCCAGCUGCUUACUACGCCCAGAGGAUGAUCCAGUAUCUGUCAAGGCGGGACAGCAUUCGCCAGCGAUCACUUCGCUACCAGCAGAACCGCCUACGCGCCAUGUCAUCCUCAUCCGACAGUCCUGCCACCAACCCGUCCAGCUCCAUGGACAACAGCGAUGUGGACUUUGAGGAGUUGGAUGAUAAUGGAGACAGAGCGAGGCACAGGACUCCACGUAACGCCAGGAUGUCUGCACCUUCGCUGGGUCGCUUUGUCCCACGGCGUUUCCUCCUCCCUGAAUAUCUGCCCUAUGCUGGGAUCUUCCAUGAAAGAGGGCAGCCUGGUCUGGCCACACACUCCUCUGUCAACAGAGUACUCGCUGGUGCAUCGAUCGGGGACGGUCAGUCCGCAGUCGCCAGCAACAUCGCUAACACCACCUACCGUCUGCAGUGGUGGGACUUCACCAAAUUUGACCUGCCUGAAAUCAGCAACGCUUCAGUCAACGUUUUGGUGCCAAACUGUAAGAUCUAUAACGACGCGAGUUGCGACAUCUCUGCAGAUGGUCAGCUGCUGGCGGUCUUCAUUCCCAGCAGUCAGCGGGGUUUUCCAGAUGAGGGCAUCCUGGCCAUCUACUCUCUGGCUCCCCACAACCUGGGAGAGAUGCUCUACACCAAGAGAUUCGGUCCAAAUGCUAUCUCUGUUAGCUUGUCUCCGAUGGGCUGCUAUGUGAUGGUCGGCCUGGCCUCUCGCAGAAUCCUGCUGCAUCCCACCACCGACCACAUGGUGGCACAAGUCUUCCGCCUGCAGCAGCCACACGGAGGAGAGACCUCCAUCAGGAUGGUGUUCAACGUGGUUUACCCGAUGGCUCCAGACCAGAGGCGCCACGUCAGCAUCAACUCUGCUCGCUGGCUGCCGGAUCCAGGGAUGGGUUUGGCUUAUGGAACCAACAAGGGAGACCUGGUGAUCUGCCGGCCUGUGUUCUACAGAAGCGAUGGUGAGAGCCCCGCGGAGUCAAGCAGUGAACCAUUAUUCUCCGUCAACAACAGUGGAACAAGCCGGACGCGAGGUUCUGACAGACCAGGUCCCAAUCGCUCUGGCUGGAGAUUGGACAGAGACAUGGGUUUGAUGAACGCAAUUGGUCUUCAACCACGACACCCCGCCCCUUCAGUGACAUCACAAGGAACUCAGACACCAAUCAUCCAGCUGCAGAACGCCGAGACACAAACAGAGAGGGACCUAUCAGAGCCUAGCGUCUCACAGCCUGCACCCAAUGUUGCUCCUGAGACUCCGUCCACGAGUGGAGCAGCUCCGGGGCAGCAGGAGGCGUCUCAGACCAGCAGAGCAGCUGAUGGCAGCCAGGGCGAAGCCUCAGCCGACGCAAACACAUCCGCUACUUCUACUGGAGAGUCUCCAGAAUUCGGCACAGGUGAAGACGCUCUGGCACGGAUCCGCCGGCUGAUCGCUGAGGGCGGUAUGACAGCUGUGGUCCAGCGGGAGCAGAGCACCACCAUGGCCUCCAUGGGCGGCUUCGGAAACAACAUCAUCGUCAGUCAUCGCAUCCACCGUGGCUCCCAAACGGGCACAGGGGCCUCCAGGCCUGCGGCGGACCCCUCUAUGGCCCCCUCCACCUCAGGUCCUCUCCUCAUCACCCAACCACAGACCUACGCCUCUCCCCAGGCUUCCAACCCGUCUGAACAGCUCGCCCCCAUGUGGGGCUCCCAGGUGCUGUCGGGCCCUCAGCCCUCUGGCCUCUCUCUGGCCAUGGACAUGGACGACGUGUUUGACGGGGGGCGAACGGACGACGACUCCAUGCCGGGUCCCUCCUCUUCCUCCCUGCUGUUGUCUUCCCCCUCUUCCUCCUCCUCCUCCUCUCACAGCCCCCUCCCCGGCAGCGGGGGCGGGGGCGGCCCCAACAGUUACCCUGGCGAUCCGUACAGCAGGUAGUUCUCCUAUUGGCCAAGACAAGCAGAGCGUUGGCUGAUGGGUUUAGCAAAGGGCGCUCCUCAAAGCCUUAUCUCACUGGGUGCUGCUUUGACUCUGCACAGGGUCUCCCGCCUGGAAAAGAAGGGACACAAGAACCCCCCCCCCUCACCCCCACCCCUGAACCGUCAGUGGCAUUGGCGUGCACUUCCUCUGCACUUAUAGAAACUGGACUGAAGCUGAACCGCGACCAUUCCUCGUCAGAAAGGGCUUCUACUUGAACGGAGGCCAGUUAGCGCUGAGCUCCUCUCUGCCCGACUCUCUAAGUAUCUGCGUGAUGGAAGACAAGGUUCCUGUUUAUCAAAGUGCCAUGUCUGAGGGGGUGAGGGGGUAUGUGUGUGUGAGUGUGCGCGCGCGCGCGUGUGUGUGUGUGUGUGUGUGUGUGUGUGUGUGUGUGUGUGUGGGUUCGGGACGUAUCUCUUUACACACACACACACAUUUACUCCAACGUGCUGCAUUCAGUGCCAUGUGAUGUUGAAAUUUGAUGUGAAAUAGUGCGUGAUUGAAGUGUUUAAAAAGUGAAUUCAGCACUACUUUAUUUUGUUUUUGUACCGUGUGUAAUUAUGAUGUUUGAAAAGAAGAAAUGGAGGCUGCGCGUGCCUGAGGCUGGACUCAUGACUCUGCAUCCUGACUCUGUAUCUUGACUCUGUAUCAUGACUCUGCAUCAUUAUUCUGUAUCUUGACUCUGUAGGAUUACUCCGUAUCAUGACUCUGCAUCACAACUCUGAAUCACGACUCUGCAUCUUGAUUCUAAAUUAUGACUGUACGCUGACUCUGCAUCAUGACUCUGUAUCCUGACUCUGAAUCAUGAGUCUGCAGCUCAUGGAGGAAGUUACUGUGUCCCACCACCAGGAAAAUCAAUCAUUGAUGACUGAACUGUGACUGAGUGAACUGAAUCUGCUGCAUGUCUUUUCAACGAUGCUGCAGUUCAUGAAACAAACACCUUUUUUUAAUUGUUUGUAAAAAGGCUGAAGAGGAGAAGAACAAUUUCUUGUUUCUGGGAGGGAAACCAAACACCCACCCCUCUAAAAACCCAGUUGCACUAUAGUGUGUUUGCUAAGAGAGGCGUGUGUGUCUUGUGUCUGUGUGUGUUUGGACCCCAGCAGGAAAGAUUUUGCUAGGUUUUGCUAGAAAGUUCAGCUAUCUAAUUACCUGUUGAUCUUUAGAUUAUUCUCUCAAAUAAUUGUUUUGUAGGCAGAUUGUUGGUUUUCGUUCAUUUUUGUUUGGUGUGAAAAUUAAUAAGCAAGCUGUUGAAACCUGCUUCAGUUGUGAGAUCGGUGUACAUAUAAGUUAGAAUUCAGUUUAUUCAUGGUGAUGAUAAUGUUGUCAAAAAUAUUAACAGACUUGAUGUUGACGAGUUUAAUUUUCAUACCAUAAAGGAAUAAAUGAAAACCAAUAGUUGCCUUGAAAAUGAUUGAAGGAUAAAUUUGGCGUCAAAUCUCAUGUUCAGACUCAAACAGUCUGUCUCUCAGCUCCAAGCUCAUUCAUUCCUACUUAAGAUCUUAUAAAACACAAAUCUGUAGUUUCAUCAUCGGUCACGUCCUCAAACAGCUGCUUAUAGUCGUUUUUAUAGUGACUUUGUUGGGGACUAUUUUCAGCAGCAGAUUAAUCCACAGUUGGUGCUCUAGUGAGUAUUUGUGGCAGCAGGACGGUGUUUGUAGGACUGAGUCAAAAUAAACAACAGUUGGAAACCAGGGUUGGAAAUUAACCUUUUUGUCCAUCUGCCACUAUGGCUGGUGGGCUCCAAAAUCCACCGGCCACUCAUUAGAUUACCUUUGUGUUUUUUGGCUGAUGAGUGAAGCACAUCGAGCAGCCACUUACACAUUUUACCAGCAUUUUGCGAGUGCUAAUUUCCAUCCCUGGUGGGCAGUGUUUAUAACUGAGAGUUAACUGAUUUCUCACUGCUGGUUUGAGUCUGAACAUAAAGAGGAAGAUAGAAUAUCACCAGACUUGUUUGAAAACUAUGACAAAAUUUAACCUACAUUUGAAAACAGUCGACAAAAUGUUAAAAUACAAGUGUAGAAGUGUAUUCUGCUCACACAGGGACAAAAUAUUUGUGUAUAAAAGAUGCUGGGUGGGUGUGCUCCUGUAAGAGUGUGUGUCUGUGUGUGCAGUAUGUUGUGGCGGGGAGGGCAGGAGACACUUGUAGCUUUUCUCUGCUGCUGACUGUCACCUCUUUUCCACUGCAGGAACUAGAACCUCUGCUCUGUCUGUUUCCACAGUGUUUUAGCAACCCAGAAAGUGUUUUGGAAAAUUAGAGAUAGUGGGAAAAUGGCGCUAAUAUAGACUUUAUUUAACAUUAACAUGAUUCAACGGUCAGUAUCAUCACGUUCACAGUACAGGCUCUCUGCUCUGUACCAUUAACUAACAUGACUCUCAGUUCUCUCUUGUAUUUCCUACAAAUAUUUGCUCCGUCUCCUGUUCGCCUUCUGUUGAAGCCUGAGUGAUGAGCAGAUUCAAGCUUGCGUGUCCUGUUUAAAGCGUUUCAGUGAAGGCUGCGACACACUCUUUGACCCCAUGGCAGCUAUGGCGUAUGACCCAUGUAAUGUAACUGGAGCUGCGUCGUUGGAGGGUUACAGCAGACGGUGCUACAAAUAAAGGGAUGGAACGUUGGACUCAAUUGAAUGGCGGCUGAUACACAAUAGCAUAUUUGCAUAUAGAAAGCAUUUGUUUAUGGUCUUUUAUUACUGACUUUAUCAAUAUUUACAGAAUUGAGAUGCUCACCCAUAUCUUUAAAAAAAAAAAAAAAAAAAAAAAAAAUCCGACCCAAGGCGUACUGCGGAUGCCUCAGUGAAAUGAAUCGCUCAUAACUAUAUUCUCCAUUAGUGCCCCAAUUUUUGAGCCUUUCGACAGCUGCACACCACAUUUCACUGUGCAGUGAUAGGACGUCACAACUUAUCUUUUUAACGUCGUUUCAGUUCGAUCUCAAGCCGCUCCAGUGGAUUUACAGCUCUGUGGGCAAAUAGAAACACCGCACUGUGUUUGUAAAUGAAUUAUUCUUAUGCGUUUCCUCUUUAUUCAUCUUUCUCAUUGAAUGGAAAAGUGAUCGAAGCUUUAUAGGAUGUAGAGGUGACGGUGAAGAAACUGACUGGUGGAAAUCAUUUCUGAACCUUUUCUCUUUUAGGAGUAAUUAAAGAGAUGGUAGUGUUUGUUCCCCUGCUGCUAAGUAUGAGAAGAAAAUGUUAGAGACAAUGCCAAUGCUACCUGGCAGUUAGUGGGAAAUUAAUUGAACUUUUCACACACACCUGCAGAAGCAGCAAAAAACAAUAUUAUGAAUCAGAAUUUGACCUCUAUAUCCAUGUGUACACGUCUGUGAUAUUAACAAACACUCUUAGUCGUUGAAUGAUCAGAGCCCAGAUUUAGGUCCAGAAACUUCCCGACCCCACAACGAAAGUAGAACCAGAGCCGAUAUACACCUUUAUUUACAGCUCGUUUAGUUCCUGUGGUGGAAAAGGCCUGUGAUCGGUGUCUCCAUGCUUAACCCCACCUGUCUCCAUCUGCCCCUCUCUGGCCCCGCCCAU